AUGAAAUACGCUUGUUGUAAAUCCACGGCAGGAGGCGCCACUGAGGGAGUUACUUGUAUAAAGUGCGGUCUAAAGUAUCACUAUAAUUGUGUUAACCCAUCAGGCACAAAUAACAAGCUAAAUCAAGAUAAAAGUAAAUGGAUCUGCCCGGAAUGCAAGUCAUCUAUGCCCAGACAAGUGAACCAAGAUAACACACCAGUGCGCGGUGGCACCUCUAAUACUAAAUAUAAUUAUAGCGAGAAUGUAAAUUUACAACGAGGUGGUUCGACUUCUGCAGGGGUCUCACCAUGUAAAUCAGUAGAAUCUGAAGCCUCAUUUUUGGAACAAGUUAGACUUAUAGUAUCUUCGGAAAUCUCCACUCUUAGGACCGAACUCAUUUCUUCCCUAGCUCCUUUGCAAUGCGAUCUCAAAAGUUUACGGGAGGAGGUUUGUAGUUUUAAAGAUAGCUUAGAUUUCUUUAACAACAAAUUUGAAGAGUUUACCACCAGAAUCACCAAUUGCGAAUCCAAAAUCAAAUAUAUGUCGGAGAGAUGUUUGGAAUUAAAUUCAUUAAAGUCUAAAGUUGAGGCCAUCGAGAUCGAAAAUAAUAAUCGCGAGCAGUGGUCUCGCAGAUCUAAUGUAGAGAUAUAUGGGAUUCCCGAAAAGAAAAACGAGAACCUUGUAACUAUACUACAAGACAUCGCUGACAAAGCUGAUUUGAAUCUUGACAUGAAAACGGACAUUGAUCUAGUCACAAGAGUUGCUUCCAAGGACAAAGAUGUAAAGAGAGUUAAGCCCAUAAUCGUAAAGUUUCUUUGCCGAUGGAAGAAAGAUGACUUUCUGUCUCGAGUGAGAAAACUUAAACUAAAAUGUAAUGACAUUGGUUUUUCAUCUAAUAAUAAUUACAUAUAUUUUAAUGAUCAUCUAACUAGCUCAAAUAAGUCAUUACUUCAAUUGGUAAAGAAAACCGCUAAAGAAAAAUCUUAUAAAUAUGUAUGGGUCAAAAAUUGUAGUAUAAUGGUACGUCGGAGUGAUACUAGUCCAGUUUUGCAUAUUGCUAAUUUCUGCGAUUUAAAAAAGAUUGCU